AUGUCUGCUGCAGGCGUAGAGUCGUCGCGGCUGUUCGUCAAGAACCUGCCGCCCACCAUCACUGAGGCCGAUUUCCGAAAACAUUUUGCUACCGGCGGCCGCGAAGUCACAGACAUCAAGCUGAUCCCCAAGAGGAGGAUCGGCUAUGUUGGCUAUAAGACUCCAGAGGACGCAGCCAAGGCUGUCAAGUUUUUCAACCGUUCCUACAUCCGCUUGUCCAAGAUCUCGGUCGAGAUCGCGAGACCCAUUUCGGACCCCUCCCUGCCGACUGCCAAAAAGGUCGCGCCCCGUACCCAGAACAAGUUGCCCACCCCCGAUCCCGAGCCAAAGGCCAAGGAGGAUGAUGCCAAUGGCAGAAAGAGGAAGAGGGAGGGCGUGGACGAGUCCGACCCCAAGCUGAAAGAGUACUUGGACAUGAUGCGUCCGGGACAGACCACCUCGAGCAAACUCGAAGGAAUUUACGGUCAACAGCCCGGUGAACAGCAGGAUGUGGAGAUGGCAGUCGUUCCGGUGGAUGCCGAGAGUGACGAUGAAUACGAAACCAUCCCAGCCAAGAAGCCUAAGCACCGUGACGAAGCGGUGGAGGAAGCACCAGCCGCGCAGGCCCAUGCUCCUCCGCCAGUGAUCAAUCCACCGCAGGACGUUGAUCAAGAUAUGCCGGACGCGACAGGACCAACUGAUGCCACAGAUGAUGAUUGGUUGAGGUCACGGACGAACAGAUUACUUGACCUCGUCGAUCCGGAUGAUCAGUCAGCAAGGCCGCGCCCUCCCGCACCCUCUACCCAGACCCCAUCCGCGACGGCGAGUGGACCGUCGCCUCCGGCGAAGGCAGAGCUCGAGCGUGCUCGUUCGGAGUCACCCAGCGAGCAUGCUGUUGAGAAGACGGGCGAGGAGACUGCAACGGAACAGGUCCUUCGCACAGGUAGGCUCUUUGUUCGGAAUUUGCCCUUCAAGGCCACCGAGGCCGAGCUCUCCAAAUACUUCAACAAGUACGGAGAAACUGAGGAGGUACACAUUCCUGUCUCUAGUUCGGGACAAGGUAAGGGGUUCGCCCACAUCUCAUUCUCGGACCCAGGCUCUGCCAUUGCAGCAUUGCAGGAUGCGGAUGGCAAGCCUUUCCAAGGACGUAUCCUGCACGUCCUCCCAGGUCAACCAAAGAAGGACCAGCAGUUGGAUGACUUUGCCAUUUCACAACUGCCACUCAAGAAGCAAAACCUUCUGCGCAAGAAGGCACAAGCAUCGACCACUACUUUCAACUGGAACUCACUCUACAUGAACCAAGAUGCUGUGCUUUCGUCAACUGCAGAUCGCCUGGGAGUCUCCAAAUCAGAGCUCCUCGAUCCCCACUCGACUGAUGGGGCCGUGAAACAGGCGGUAGCUGAGACAUCAAUCAUCCAAGAGACCAAAACUUAUUUUGCAACCCACGGAGUAAAUAUUGAGGCCUUCAAGACCCAGAAGAAAGGAGACACGGCCAUUCUGGUAAAGAACAUUCCCUUCGGCACGAGUCUGGAGGAGAUACGAAAGCUGUUCGAGGAUGCUGCCGGCGGCAAUGUGCUCCAGGUCUUGAUGCCACCAAGUAAGACGAUUGCAAUAGUCCAGUUCUCACAGCCCGUUGCGUGCAGAACCGCGUUUGCGAAGCUGGCCUAUAGGAGGCUGGGCUCGUCCAUUCUGUUCCUUGAGAAGGCGCCCGCAGAUCUGUUUGGGGGCCACCAACCGCCCGCUCAGCAGCCCCAAGCUGAGCGCGCUGCUGGCGUACAGAAGUUAUCUGGCACGGAUCUUCUGGAGGAGGCUGAGGACCAGGAUAGUCCAGAAACGACAUCACUUUACGUCAAGAACCUGAGCUUCGACACCACCACGGCACAGCUGGCGGAUGCGUUCAAGCCCCUGGACGGAUUCGUCAAGGCACAGGUGAAGACAAAGACUGACCCCAAGAAGCCGGGUCAGGUGUUGAGCAUGGGUUUCGGUUUUGUGCACUUCCGCUCGAAGGCGCAGGCUGAGGCUGCUGUCAAGGCUAUGAAUGGCUUUGUCCUGGAUAAUCACACCCUCGCCGUAAAGGCAUCGCACAAGGGCCAUGAUGCGGCCGAGGAGAGGCGACGUGAAGACAAGGCCAAGAAGGCGGCAGGCCAGAGGACCAAGAUCGUCGUCAAGAACCUGGCGUUUGAAGCCUCCAAGGCCGAUCUACGCCGCUUGCUCGGGACUUACGGCAAGCUCAGAGUCGUCCGCAUUCCCAAGAAGUUUAACAGUUCCUCACGAGGGUUUGCCUUUGCGGAAUUCGAGUCGCCACGGGAGGCAGAGAACUGCAUCAAGUCGCUCCAAGACACCCAUCUGCUCGGGCGCAAGUUGGUUCUGGAUUACGCCGAGGCUGAAGCCAUCGACGCAGAAGAGGAAAUCGCCAAGAUGCAGAAGAAGAUCGGGGGCCAAGUCAACAAGGUUGAGCUGCAGAAGCUCACCGCAGGGAAAGGAAGUGCCAGACAGAAGUUCGAGAUCGGGGAUGACAACGAGGAUAACGCAUGA